AUGGCUGAACUAAAGAUAGUUUAUCCAUCACCAAAUUAUUAUCUUGUAGCUGGAGCAGAUAACAAAGUACAAUGGACAUUUGAUCCAACUACUGAUCCAAAAGCAUUUUCUAUGUAUUUAAAUAACCCCAAAAUUCCAGACUUGUCAGAUUUUGCCAUUGCCAACACAGUUAAUACAACACUUGGUGUAACUACUGUUCAAAUUCCGCCUAGUCUAGUUAAUACUGGGUUUGUGAUUAGAUUUACAAAUGUUGCAAAUAUUGCAGAUAUAUAUACAACUUCUGAACAAUUUGAAAUCAAAGCACCUGGAACAACUCCUACUACAUACGUACCACCUGUACCUACAACAUCCGCAGUCGCCACUACUAACUCUGAUACCGCCGCUACUACAUCACCAUCAUCACCGUCAACGAAUGCACCUAAAUCAAAUUCAGAAUCUUUAUUCGACAAUUCAAAUUUUGGACUUUUGAUCAUUACUAUUGCCAGUGGACCUACCUGUGCAGUCAUCGCAUACAAAUGUCCAGAUAUCCAAGUGACUAUUGUUGAUUUGAAUCCUGCUCGUAUAGCAGCUUGGAACUCUGAUAAUUUACCAAUUUAUGAACCAGGUCUUGAUGACAUUGUAUUUGCAUGCCGUAAUAAAAAUUUAUUUUUUACAACUGAUGUGGAAAAAGCUGUCAUAGAAGCGGAUUUGAUUUUUGUUUCAGUAAAUACUCCGACAAAAAAAAGUGGUAUGGGCGCUGGUUAUGCUGCUGACCUUGCUUAUGUUGAAUCAGCUACAAGACAGAUUGCAGAUGUGGCAAGAAGUUCAAAAAUUGUAGUUGAAAAAUCAACUGUGCCAUGUCGUACAGCAGAGAGUAUGAGAACAAUUUUAGAAGCAAACUCCAGGGACGGUAUUCACUUUGACAUACUAUCAAAUCCUGAAUUUCUUGCUGAAGGUACUGCAGUUAAUGAUUUAUUAAAUCCUGAUCGUGUUUUAAUUGGUGGCUUACAAACGCCUGAAGGAAUGAAAGCUCAAAAGGCUUUAGUAGAAGUAUAUGCUCAUUGGGUUCCUACUGAACGCAUCAUUACUACUAACUUAUGGUCAUCUGAACUUUCAAAAUUGGCAACAAAUGCUUUGUUAGCUCAACGUAUAUCAUCAAUCAAUGCAUUGUCUGCAAUUUGUGAAGCAACAGGUGCUGAUAUUGAUGAGGUGGCGUAUGCUUGUGGAAAAGAUGCACGUAUUGGACCAAAAUUUUUAAAGGCGUCAGUUGGAUUUGGUGGAAGCUGUUUCCAGAAGGAUAUAUUGAAUCUGGUUUAUCUUUCUCAACAACUUAACCUUCCUGAAGUUGGAGCCUAUUGGAAAAGUGUUGUAGAUCUAAAUGAAUAUCAGAAAAACCGUUUUAUUUCACGUAUUAUCAAAACGUUGUUCAACACCAUCACCUACAAAAAAAUUGCAUUGCUUGGUUUUGCAUUUAAAAAAGAUACCGGUGAUACCAGAGAAUCUGCCGCAAUCACUUUAUGUAAAGCUUUUAUUCAAGAAAAAGCUAAAGUUCAUAUUUAUGAUCCAAAAGUUAGCGAAGAACAAAUUCAUCUUGAUUUGACUGAACCUGGUGUUGUUGACAAUACUGACGAAGCUUAUGAAGCAUCUGAAGAUGCUGAUGCCAUAGUUAUUACAACUGAAUGGGACGAAUUUAAGACAUUGGAUUAUGAAAGAAUUUAUUCAAAAAUGCAUAAACCAGCUUUUAUUUUUGACGGUCGUCUCAUUCUUGAUUCUGAGAAAUUACAAUCUAUUGGUUUUAAAGUAUUCACCAUUGGUAAAGCUAAUAAUAGUUAG